AUAACACGAACAUAUAAACCCUAUAGCUUUAGCCAAUUGUCGUCACAACUACCAGAAACCAAUGGAUCCUCUUGAGCACGCUUCUUCCUAUCGUCUCUUAUGCCCUGUAGAACGAUUUGAAAAAGAUAAAGAUGGCAAAGUGACAACAAUUAGUGGGAAAAUCCAUCACAUAAUCAAGAGUUCCUAUUUCAUUUCUGAUGCUGAAGACGAAAAGUCCAAUCAUCAUCACUCCUUGCUUCUUCGCAACAAAAAAGAAGGUGAAGAGGACAAAGUAAUAUAUUAUUGUUGGGCUUGUCAGAUAGAGAUGAUAGGUAAAACCUAUUAUUUCUGCAGCUAUUGCAGAAAUCAGUACCACAAAGAAUGUGUUAGGUCUCCUUCCGAGAUCCAUUCCUCUGAUCAUCCAAAACAUCCUCUUCAACUUCUCUGGCUUCCCGAACCUUCACAACAUACACAAUGUUCUUCUUGUAGAAGGGCCCAUCACGAGCUAUUUUACUACUGCUCUCUUUGCGAUUUUUCACUCCAUCCAUCCUGUGCGGAGAAACCAGCAUCCCUUACUAUAAACAAUCCGAAAAGGCAUAUGCAUACCCUUCAUUACUUCCCAAGGAUAUCCACUUUGAUUUGCGAUGUUUGUGGGUUGGAUGGCGAUCACGGUUACUUAUAUGUAUGUCUCCUAUGUGAUUUCAUUGUCCAUAAACGAUGUGUUGACUUACCAUAUGUCAUAAAGGUAUCUCGUCACGAUCAUCGCCUCACUUUUACUUGUAAUCUUCCUUACAAAGACCCGACUGAUUGUGGAGUUUGUCAUGCAAAGAUAAAACAAAAUUACGGAGAAUACUCUUGCAUGAAGGUGGGAUGCGUUUAUGCUGUGCAUUCUAGAUGUGCCAUGCAAAGUGAUGUGUGUGACGGGAAAGAGCUUGAAGGAGAGCCUGAAAAAACAUAUGAAAAAUCUCAAGUGUUUGAGGACAAAGGGGAUGGGAUUAUACAACAUCCCACUCAUCCGGGUCAUCAGUUGCGACUUGAAAAAAAAAUUCACAAUGAAAGCAAGCAUUGUCAAGCGUGCAGACUUCCUUGUUAUGAUGAUGCUGAUGGUGGUGGUGGUAAUGUGUAUCGAUGUUUGCAAUGUGAUGAUUUCAUUUUACAUGAAUCAUGUGCAUAUAUUCCUCGUGUUAAACAAUUUAUGCUGCAUGUUCAUCCAUUGAUUCUAGAACUCAGUUACACCACAAGUUGGUUUCAAUGUUGGAAAUGUCGACGAUACUCAUGCGGUUUCGCAUAUGCAUGUGGUAUUCAAGGGAUGUGUAACUAUAUGGUGUUAGAUACUCUUUGUGCUUCUAUAUCUGAGCCGUUCCAUCAUCACUCUCACCCACAUCUCUUGUUCGUUACCUCUACUCAAUACGAUGGUGAAAUAUGUUCCAUCUGUCAAUCAUGGAAGCCACAACCUUUGAACUGUGUGAAAUGCGAUUUUGUUUUGUGUUUUCGUUGUGCCACUCUUCCACAUACAGCAAGGUACCAGCAUGACGAGCAUUUGCUUUAUUUCUCUUACGAAGAAGAUGCAAAAGAUGAGCUUUAUGGGUGCGAAAUAUGCGAGGAAGAUAUAGAUCCAAGGAAAGGGUUAUAUUCAUGCAAUGAGUGUGGAGUCACACUUCACAUCGACUGUUUACUAGGAAGAGAUCCGUAUAUGAAGGCUGGACAAACUCGCACAGUAAACUGGGACAAAACAACGGUCCAUGUUCUUCCCAACACUUAUUCAACUCGACCUAUAUGCAAAACUUGCCGAAGACGUUGUCCUUACAAAAUAAAGAUAGUAGUAUCAUCUCAGGUAGACCACCCAUUCUGCUCUUUUGAUUGCUAUUAUGGAGAGUGAUCAGGUAUGUUGUUCCCAAAUCAGACCGACGUAAUGUAACAAUUUUAUAAUGUUUGUGUGUAUGGAAUAAAAUUUUAGUGUAUGGUA